AUGCUUCAGAUGGUGGAUGAUAGCUGGAGAGCAAAGUUUGAGAGAGUAAAAGAAGAUGGCUUCUCAAGGCUUCAGGGGUUAUGGGUACUGAGAGAGAUUGUAUUCCCGGUCGUGAUGAAACUGCUAACGGCACUAUGCGUGCCUUAUGUCCUGGCGAGAGGAGUGUUCCCAAUGCUCGGAUGUACGCUAGUUGUGAACUCGGCGGUCUACAGAUUCGCUUGGAUAGGUUAUCUCUCGGCGAGCCUCUUGUGCUUCUGUGUAAAAAGAUGCCAAGUCUGGUUCAGAAACCUUCACAACUCUAUCCGUGAUGAUCGUUAUAUCAUUGGUCAGAGACUCCAUAACUCUGGGGAGGAAGCUGCUGCUUUGGCUAUAAAGAAAAACCAAAGCAGUGAAGUUGCAGGAGAUGGUGGACUUAGACGUGCAAUCUAA